CGUUUCAAUCGCCGCGAAACGACGCCAUUGCUACGAAACGAAAUUAAAAUUAACAAAUAAAAACAUGAAUAGAUUGCCAGCAGUAAUGGACUACAUGAGCAACAUGUGCGCCAGCUAUCCCACGAUAGGCCAGUCAAUGCAGGAGUUCGAAGAAGCACUGCAGAAGAACAAAACACUGAAGCACAGCGUAAACAGAUUACAGUUACAGCUAGAGGAUCAGAAUGUGGAUGCGAAACUGGUGAAAAAGGCGGCUAAAUCCAUGGAUGAGUGCAGGGCCGAGACAGAAUUGGCGGCCAGAAUCGCAACUGCUUGCUAUAGCCGUAUCCUGGCCAUUGAAAACCACAUGAGCGACGCACAAAUCGAAGACGUUCUGCGCUUAACUGUACACCUCAAGCAGGGGGAGGUCAUGGAGGAGAUCAAAGGCGUGGAGAAACGUUGUGAUACCUUCAACGAGAGCAGCGCGAUCCUGGAGAGUCGCAACAUUGUGCAGGAUUUCCGACAGAUGAGGCGCACCAUGAAAGAGGCCGCUGACGAGCUGUCGAGGAACGAAAGGGAGGUCCAGGCCAUGCUCCAACAGUGGAGUAGCAAGAUUAAAUCCUCGACAGCCUAUCGCAACAAGAAGAUUGUCUAUGUGCUCAAGUUGCGGAAGGAGAUCCACGAGGUCCGAGAAGAGCUCAUCAAGCCGCGCAUUAAGCCUUCGGAAAAGUGCGCAAACGCCUCAGACCCCUCUGCCCCGGCGCGUCCCUCUGUGAUGGCAGAGGCCAGCAACUUGAUACUGCAGUCGGCUAUGACAUUUGUCAGUGACUUUCUCAAAGGCACCAAAGAGAUGGAAAUCGAAGAUCGCGAGGAGGCGCCGCCACAGCCACUGCAAUUCAAAGAGCCGCAAAUCGAAUAUAGCAAGGAGACGCCACCGCUUCGCUCCAUACUGGUGAGUAAGCAAGGCGAGCGCAAGCGCGCCGCAAGUCCCGCCAAGCUGGUGCACUUUGCACCGUCUCCGGCUGGCUCCGUCGCAAGCGACAACGAAAAUGACAACGAUGACGGAGCAUUGGGCACGACAUUCACCAAGGCAAUCGAUGAAUCCCUAAAGGAGUUUUACGACUUCGACUCGCCCAUGCCCCCCAAAAUGGCAAAAAUUACCAAAGUAGAGAUACUCCCACCACUGGACAUACGCGCAUUCCACCACCCGCAGGGAAUUGGCAAUGUUGGCAAAUCCAAAACGGAAAUUAAGGAUUUUUCAAAUUUAUUUCCAAGCUUUGAGAGCCAGGAACAACACGAGGUCAUGGAAAUUGUUAAUGAAGCGGGCGCUUCCACGAACAAACAACAGCCAGCAGUUGUGUCGGACGAGUUGCUGUUUGUGCGUCCAUCGCCGCCGUUAAGCCAUCAGCAGGAUUCGAAUAGUAUGAUUAUUACCACAAAUGGCACCUUCCAAUUCUCGGAAUCCAACUGCGAUCUCAAUGACGAUUUCAUGCUUAACUUUAGCGAUGACAACAACGAGGAUGAUACAAAGAACGGAUAUAAUCUAUAACUGGGUCAAG